GUUACUUGUGUCUAUCUUUGGUAUAAACCAGCAUCUGCAGUUCUUUGCUUCUACUAGGUUGAUAAUCUGUUUUAAUUCAGGGACACAUGUUGAUCAGGACUCCAAAAAUUAUCCGCCCGGCUCGGGAAUGAUGCCGACCAUCUGACACCAUGCCCCAUCAUCUACAAAAAUAUAGAUGAGCAUACUGACCCUGUGGUGUCUCAUUUGAAAGACAAUCCGUGGGCUCCCUGUCAGUCCACUCCAACUAUCUUGCAGUGUGGUUAUUUAAAAGCUGGAUAGUGUCCAAUGUGAUUAUUGUAGGAAGUGAACCAUUUGCAUGCAGCAGGACUGGUGAGAAAUGUCUUCACUCGUGAGGUGGUGAAUCUUUGGAAUUCUCUGUUCUGGAGGUCUUUGGGGAUUCAGUCAUUGUUGCAGAUCUCUGGAUCGUAGGAAUUAAGGGACGAGAAAAGGCAGGAAAAUCUGUUGAACAGAAGCUCAAAAGAGUUCUGGUUGAAUGGUGCAGUAGGCAUGAUGGACUGCAUGGGCUAUUCCUAUUUUUUUUUGCAUUCUUAUCUUGGCUGAUAGCUCAGCAGUUAUUUGGGAGUGUUAGAUUAAUCAUGUGCUGUUCUAAAGAUUUAGAUGUGCACUGAGAGAGUUUAAGGAUGCAUCCAGUGCACAUUUCUUCACUAUAAGCAUCAGAAAGUAUUAAUGGCUUGAAAUUGCUGUUUGUGGAUUCUUAUUCUAUGCAAAUAAGGUGUUGAACUUGGGAUGUGAAAUAUAAGGUGAAAGCAUAUAGUAAAUGGCAGGGCCCUUAGGAGCAUUGAUUUACAGAGGGAUCAUGGUGUUCAAAUCCAUAGCUCCUGAAAAUGGCAUCACAAGUAGAUAGAAUGGUCCCUCUACUUACUGCACUGUUCUAUGUUCAAAUUUACACUAUCUUUUUGCAGGUCAUCAUGAUAGUCACUAAUAAUGCCACCAGGGGAGAAAGUUAUUUAUCCAGAUAGUGAUAAGAAUGAAGAACUUCCAACCAUAAGGUCCAGUUGAGACAAGUAGUAUAGUGCCAUUAAGGCAGGCUGGACAAGACCAAAGGGGAAGGGAACAUGGAUUAGAAACAUGCAAAAUAACUUCAUUGUAUUAUAUCAUUGAUUUAGAACAAUUUUAGAGGGUUCAACAGGUGAGGUACAAGAAUGAUUUCUGUGGAUGAGGAAUUUAGAACUAGAUGCCAGUCUCCAAAUAAGUGAUUUAUUUUGGAUGAAAUUCCAGUGCUAAGUGGCCUACGUGCUGUUUUAGCAAAUUUUGUAAUUAUUCAUGCAUCCAAGCAUUGUGCCUAGUGAAACUAGGAUUUAUGAUUAUUUGAUUUACUCUGAUAUCAAAAUAUAUACGUUAUCAUUGGCAACCUUUAACCCUUCAUAUGGAUAUGUGGCAAUAUUACAUUUAAAAAUUAAAAAUCACUACAUCAAAAUUAUUUAGCUUUGUUUCCCUAGUGACCAGGAUAAUUUUGCAGGAAUUUGAGGAAUUCUGUAACAUUCACCGUGUUCAGUGAUGGGAAGAUAAAAUUUGAUCAGGUAGUAAAUGUCAGAAGUACCCAUUUCAAAAUUGUUCUAUUUUUCUCCGUAUUCUAAAAAGAUUUUUGAAGAUGAAGAUUAUUACUAUUUUAAGCACAAAGCUGUGUGGAAGCGGUCUAUCAAUCCACACCAAAUGCGACAUAGGCGGCUGGAAAUGGAGCCCAAGGUGACGUGGCUGCAACAGCAAGUUGUGAAAAGACGCCAGAAACGCUCAUUUUUCGUUCCAUCAGAUCCGUUAUAUCAUAAGCAGUGGUACUUGAACAAUGAAAUACCUAAUGAUCUGAAUGUUCUGUCGGCCUGGAAGCGUGGUUAUACAGGCAAGGGGAUUGUCAUCACGAUACUGGAUGAUGGAAUAGAGAAGAACCACCCAGAUUUGGCUGCAAAUUAUGAUCCUGAUGCAAGCUUUGAUAUAAAUGAUAAUGACCCAGAUCCUCAACCAAGAUACAACUAUAAUGAUGAAAAUCGACACGGGACACGAUGUGCUGGGGAAGUGGCUGCAGUGGCAAAUAACAUCUGUGGAGUUGGAGUAGCAUUCAAUGCCAAAAUUGGUGGAGUAAGGAUGCUUGAUGGAGAGAUUACAGAUGUAGUGGAGGCUCGCUCUCUGAGCCUCAACCCUCAACAUAUUCACAUCUAUAGUGCUAGCUGGGGCCCAGAGGACAAUGGGCAGACUGUGGAAGGUCCAGCAAUGUUAGCAAGUCGGGCAUUCCUUAAGGGCAUUACAAAUGGACGAGGUGGUCUUGGUUCCAUCUUUGUCUGGGCAUCUGGAAAUGGAGGUUUCCAGUAUGAUAACUGUAAUUGUGAUGGCUAUACAAACAGUAUCUACACACUGUCCGUGGGCAGCACAACUGAACAAGGGAACAUACCUUGGUACAGCGAAGCCUGUUCUUCAACACUAACUACCACUUACAGCAGCGGGACCAGAAUGGAAAAGCAGAUCGUUACAACAGAUCUGCGGUUACGAUGCACUGAAAAGCACACUGGGACGUCAGCAUCUGCACCACUUGCUGCUGGGAUCAUAGCUCUUGCUAUGGAGGCAAAUCCUGCACUGACUUGGCGUGAUAUGCAGCACCUUGUAGUGAGAGCAUCUAAACCUCUUAAUUUGAAAGCGGACGACUGGGCCAAAAAUGGAGUGGGGCGUAAAGUGAGCCACCAUUAUGGAUAUGGACUACUAGAUGCUGGACGUCUGGUGGAUUUAGCAACAAAAUGGUUGACUGUUCAUCCACAGAGGGAAUGCUCCAUAGAGAUUAUUAAAUCCCCCCAAGUGAUUUCUGACAAGCUUGUUAUCAAGAAGCACAUCAAUGCAUGUUCUGGAACAAAAAAUUAUAUUCGAUCUCUUGAACACGUGGAAGCUCGAAUGUCACUGAGUUACACUCGACGAGGUGAUCUGAGAAUUUAUCUUAUUAGUCCUAGUGGAACGUGUUCCAACCUUGUUGAUGUAAGACCACAUGAUGCAUCACCCCGUGGUUACAGAGACUGGACCUUCAUGACUAUACACUGCUGGGAUGAAGACCCUAAAGGAGUUUGGACUCUUAAGAUUGAAAACAAAGGAAGUUCCAGAAACACAGGAGUUUUGUCCUACUUUAAGAUGCAAUUGUAUGGUACUGAGGAAGACAUGAUGGCAAGACGUAUGAAAGACACAGUAAUCAAUGACUGUGGGAAAUGGAAUGAAGAUGGACUCUGUCAAGAAUGUCGUGGUGCUUUUGUUAUUUUUGGACGCCAUUGCCUCAGUUACUGCCCUCCACACUAUUACAGUGUUGCAAGGACCUUAAAUAAAACAGUAAAUGGUGUUCACAAAACUUUGGCAGUAUUGGCCUGUGACCCUUGCCAUUCGUCUUGCUACUCUUGCAAUGGCAGUUCUCAAAAUGACUGUGUGACAUGUCCGUCAUUUUCUAAUUAUGAUGAAAAUCAGCAUUCUUGUUCACCUCCAAUUUACCCAAGUCGUUCCAAUAUGAAUGAACGGGAAGACCAAAAACAUGGACUUUAUAAAAUUGCUGUGGUACUUGCAAUCCUCAUCGGAGCACCAGUUGCUGUGAUGUGUUGCGUAAUGUCAUUGUCAUGGCUUAUAUGCCGUUUGAAUAUUGGGCAAGCUUUCAUUGUAACCGCUUCGGCAACUGGAGCCACAGAAGCAACGCAAUUACAGGUACAUCGUGACACUACAGAUGAGGGAACUGGAAGCAGCGAGACAGAAUCUACUUAUUUUCUUACACAUUUGGAUCAACAAUAAACUUAUUAAAAAUAAAUCUAUUUAACAUGCAGA